AUGAACGAAAUUAUGGAAAGAUUUCUGGUCCGUGGCAAAACUGGUAAACAAAAGUUGGACUUAGGUGUUCUUUCGAAUAAUAUUGCUGCUGGUGCGUCCAUUGCCGAUGCUGUACCUGUACCUGAAGAUUUUGUUCCCGAAGACAUUUUGUUUCCUGAAGACAUUGCUGGGCCCGAUGUUGAGGCUGAUCCCGUAGUUGAUGUCCGGUGUCCUACUGAUGGUGAACCUAAAGAUAUUGAUGUUUCUGUUCCCGCAGAGAUUGAAGCACACCUCGAUGUUCCCGUUAUCAAUACUGUUGCUGACUCCGACUUGUGUAUCGGUCGCAACAAAUCAGGGAAAUCAAAUUUAUUGACGCAUGUGGCAACACAGCGACACCAAAUUUGCGCAGCUCAGUUAGUAAAGCCCUUUGAAACAGAAGAAAAAAUUACAAAUAACACUGCACUACAUAAAAUAAGUGCAGCCGAGCUAAAACUUUGUGCCUGGGCGCUAGAACAUAAUGUACCGUUUUCGGCGGUUGACUCCCUGGCAAACCUACUGAAAACUACGGCGUCUGAUGGUAAUGUCCUUGCAAAAAUCCGACUCGGUCGAACGAAAACAGUUUCUGUUAUAGAAGGCGUAAUAGCCGCUGUACAACAUGAAGAAUUAAUCGAAAAGAUGCGUAAAACUUCUUUCUCAAUCUUAAUUGAUGAGUCAACUGACACGUCAAGUGUAAAAACGCUAGCUAUAGUAGUUAGAAUACUCGAUCCAACCGAGUUCAAGGCGAUAGACACAUUCUAUAAAGCGCUGGAAAUCGAAUUUGCGGACCACAAGUCGAUUUACAAUGCGAUUAUUGCGCAGUUCAAUAUUGAUAGAAUUGACUACAAAACUCAUUUAAAGGGAUUUGGAUCGGAUGGCGCAUCUGUGAUGAUGGGCAAAAACAACUCGGUAAUGCGGCUGUUAAAAUGCGACUGUCCGCAGUUAAUUGAUGUACGGUGCACAUGCCACUCACUUGCACUUUGUGUCAGCAAUGCCUGUGAAGUAUUACCAACAUACGUCGAACAGCUCAUGCGUGAUAUAUACAACUAUAUUGCAGGAAGCCCUAAGCGAUGUACGGAGUUUGUCCGUAUUCAACAAAUACUUGAGUUGAACCCUAAGAAAGUUCUGCACCCAUCAGCUACGCGCUGGCUGUCGCUAGAAAAUGUCGUAGCGCGGAAUCUAGAGUUAUAUUCUGAAUUGGUACUGUUUUUUACGUUCCAAGCAAAUCACGAUAAGAAUCAAACCGCUUGUCGGAUUCUCAGUCACUUAGUCGAUCCAAUGACUAAACCGAUUCUCCUGUUUUUGAAUUAUAUUUUGCCGGUUGUGAACAAAGUCAAUCGACUUUUCCAAUCCGAAGAUUCACAAUUUUCUGAAAUUUACGAAGAAGCAAAAAUACUUGUACUGAUCAUUUUAAAAAAUAUGUGCGUAGAAGAUUACGUUCACCGCAUUACUGAAGGAGAAUUUAGUCCAACUAAUUAUGAACGUUUUCUCAAGAACGAGGAGCAAAUUUACCUCACGAAAAAGUACUCAUAA